AUGAUCACAAUCGCGGGACGACAUUCAGAAGUGGAUUCAUGGCAAGCGCAAGGCCGCGAGAACCCUGCUGGCGUUGUGCUCAACCUUGACAGGCUGCGCUAUCUCGAACGUUGCCUACCGACCAUCCAGUUCAGCGUCAGACAGCAUGAGUUCACCAAGAACAAACUUACCGGCCCUCGUGCACGAUUGUUCAACAUCCACAGAGAUAGAGGUACAUACCUCCAGUCACAACAACCUACAGCUCAUCUCGUGUCGCAUACAGCACCCACCGCACCCGCACUCCGCCUCCACAGUUCCCUGUUGCACCACACCAUCCCGCUCGCGUUUAUCGACUUCCAGCGCGAUUCCGACGAGGAGCACGAUUGCAGCUCAACAUCCAGAGAUAGACCGGACAACGCCUGCAAGGAGCAGCAUCAAACAUGUGAAGCACAACUGCAGGACGUACUCACCUUUCAAUGCUCCUCUCCGUCAAUCGCAUCAUUCAUCUACAGCAAUGUCAGUCAGCAAGACGGCACGGAGCGACCUCGACAUGCAGGGAGCUUACUCGGACGCUUCUCCCACGUCACCCAACACUCGUCGGCACCGUCAAGCUCUUGUCAGCACAAGCCCUACCAGAAACAUGACGAUCGAGACACUUACGGGGGCGGGCGGACGUUCAAACGUGGUCUAGAUGAGGAAGAAUGGGUCCGCUGCGUGGCUGUAAAAGUAAUGCCACAGUCAUCAGAACACGGCAUCCAGCAAGACAGCGCGGAGCGACUAAUACUUACGACGCAACAUCCCGACAAAGAACACGAUGACAAGACACUUACAGGGGAGGCAGUACGGUUAGAUGUGGUGAUAACAUCUGCGAGAAUGGGUGUCAAUCAGCAGAAGGAUAUUCCAGCUCGCAAGACACACACGGAGAAGGCUAGACACGAGCAGGGCGGCCUGCAAAUAGGUGAGUGUGAGCUUGAUUUCUGCGACAGACAGCAGAGCCGCCUCGUCGUCGUGCCAGUCCAAAGAGAAGAGUGGGGGGCGCGGUGCCCAAGACUCGAGGAGAGGAGAGGAGAGCGGAGCGGAGAAGCCAAGGCGGGAUGA